GUAUUACAUAGGCCACGCACGCUUAGUUGAGGUAGCCGACUGUAGGUAGGGCAGGAGGCCGGGCAGCUGAAGCGCUUUGCCGCGGAUUUGCGUCGAACGAGCCCCGCUCCACGCAGGCCUGACAUACCCUACAAUUUGCGAACCUAAUUAGCUGCGCGACCGCCAGGCGCAAGCAAUCGAGCGGGCCCUUGCCAGUUGCUGCCUGCGGAGUCCUCACCCGUUCUCCGCGCUCGCGAGCUCUCAUUUAUAUUUUUCUGAUGCAGGCAGAAAGUAGCGGUGACGGCAGCUCGUUUGUAAACAUAAACUCAGAAGUAGAAAACAUGGCCGGAACAGAGCCCGAGUCUGCUGGCGAAGCCUCCGGCCUUGGCGAGGAGGAGGUGGAGUACGAGGAAGUGGAGGAGGAGGUGGAGUACGAGGAGGGAGAGGAAGAGGAGGAGCAGCAGCAGGAGGACGACGCUGCAGGCGAUGACAGCAAGCCCAGCGAGAGCGACAGCAAGCCAGAGAGCAAGGCGCCAGAGGCCGCUCAGCACGAGGCGACAAAGGCAGCGGAUAAGGAGGAUGCAACCAGCGAGGAGGUGCCUCCUCCAGCCAAGCCCGCGCAGGAUGCUUUGGCAAGCUCGCACGACGCUGAGGGAGAAGCUGCUGCGGUGGCAUCGUUAUCGUUGUCAGAGCCGGUUGCCACGUCUGAGCCUGCUGCCGCAUCGAGCAGUGGCGGGGGCGGGGACCUGGACUUCAAGAAUUUGGAAGCGCAAGCCGCGAAGGUCGCCCAAGCCGCAAAGGACAUGUCCAGCAAGCUAACCGCUGGCCUGCGCUCGGCUUUCGGCAGCACCGAGACCGCCGCCGCGGGGGCCUCGCUCUCCAAGCUUGCAGGCGGGCUCACGAGCUGGUGGGGCUCUCUGGAUCCGGCGCCGCAGCCGGUGCGGGACGAGACGGCGGAGCGCGUGGCCAGCUCCAACAAGGCCAGCGGUGAGCUGCAGCAGCUGUUCGGGCUGAGCGCAGAGGAGAACCUGGUGGAGCACUUCAAGUGCAAGCUGCUGCAGACGUACGCCUGCAGCCACAACAGCCACACGCCCGCCAUCCAGAUGGCCUUCCAGGGCACCCUGUACGUGACGGACCGACACACCUGCUUCAGUGUGGAGGAGCGCGGCCGCAAGCUGCCCUUCAAGGUGCCGCAUAGCGCAGUGGUCAAGGCCACCCGCCAGCGGCCAGCGCGCAAGGGCGACCUGUCUGACCUGCUCAAGAUGGAGCUGGGCAGCGGGCAGUGGCUGGCCUUCAAGGACUUCGAGUCGGGCAGCGCGCUGGAUAGCGCCCUGGCGCUGGUGGAGCACCUCAUGGAGGGGAACUGAGGGGGCGCGGAGGAGGAGGCGAGGGCAGCGGAGGGGGGUGCGGAGGGGAGGAGGACGCGGCAACCUGGAGUGGAGGCUGGAGCUGGAGCCGGAGGGAGGCGCGGUUGCAGGAGGCGCGAGUGGCUGCGGGGUGCGUGUGUGAGCCGCGGGGCGGUGUUGGGCUUGGGCGGACAGGCAUGGGGCACAUUGAGGCCAUUGUGUCUGGGCGCAACGCGUGCUUGGCGCCGUGACGUCCUGUGGGGCUUGCAGCUUGCAACCGCUGGAGCGGCAGCAGCGGCGGGAGCAGUGCGGCAUGACCGCAUGGGUGUCCGCUGCCAUUCACCACCUGCGCGUGCGCGUGACCAUCUUCAUAUCGGUCGUGGAAUGAACUGCUAGAGGUGUACCUGUGUAUUGUGUGGGCAGUCGCUAUUUCCUUGGUAGGCUAGAUAGGCCGUAGACUCCGGCGAGCCAAUGCGCGAGGUUGAGGCAGGACUGGCGUUGCGCAAAAGCAAGCACGGCGGCGGUGAGUGGUUGAGGCUUUACCGAGUGCGUCUACCUGCCCAGUGCAGUUGGCGGCCGGAUGUACAGUAUGCACGGAGGCGUCUGUGGUGUACACAUACUUGCUGACAGGCGUCUUGAGGUGCGCUCGGAGGAGGGGCAGUCCGACGGCUGCAGGGGCGGACAGGGGGUGUCAAUGUCGGUUUUGGGGGCCGCCGCAUGGGUCGGCUGGCCACGACUCCGCUAUUUGGCAGAAUAUGUAAAUGUACAAGUUCAGUGGCAAAAUCAUUUGAGCGACACACGUUUCGUAGUGCUAGAGCGGUGCGACCAAGUGUUGUGUGUAUUUCCAGUUUUACAAGCAUUAAAGCGGCGGCAGAAACGCUUGUGAGUAUAACACUCUGCUAAGUUCAGCAUUGUAAAAUGCGCGCGCAGGCCGGGGCUGACCAUGGAUCCAGGCAGGAGAUUCCAUCGCGAGCACGCCGCACCCGACACGCCAUGUAAUAAAUAAUGAAC